AUGGACUUUGGCAGCUACAUACUCGCGGAUAUAAUAGAGGCGCAGGACGCUGCGGCGAGCACGUCCGACGCCACCCCAAGCAUCGGCGUCGCGGGUGCCUCAGAUGAUUCGGAGUUGGGCGAGGCGCUGGAGACGGUGGAGGCGCCGUCUGACGGUCGCGACUGUCCGAUCUGCUUGCAAGACGACGACACAGCGGCGUGGAAGGAGACCCCGUGCGGGCACCGGUUCCACGGACGGUGUGUCGAGAGGUGGCUGCAGGCGAAAGGGAGCUGCCCGAUGUGCCGGAGUCAGCUGGUGGCCACGAUUCCCACCGCCGCCGCCACAAGUACUGCUCCAGAGAUGGAGCAGUCAGUUUUCGUGGACUUCUAUGAUCGGGUUAUUGCCAGCUCCGCUCUCACGGAGGAGGAGUAG